GAAACCCGCUGGUCGCCAUAUCAAGCUUUCAGUGUGCAACUGCAUAAUACGUGUAGGUGCUACAAAUGAUUUGCUAUGCGCCACAUUUGUAACAUAGUUUCCCACUCCGACGAUGCAACCUGUUCCAGCGGGCGCUGAGCGAACCGUCUUUCGUGCCAUCCGCGAUCCUUACCAAGGGUAUCAAGCAAAGCGUCGUCAGGAUGCACUUCAGAGACAGAAAGUCGCACGUCUGCAGAGCGCUAAUCGCGCGCGAACAUUGGUACAGGAGCCAGGGCAGGAGGAGAGUGAGUCUGGGCUAGAUGUGGAGGUUGACGAGGAGCGGGGGCCGCAGGAGGACGAGCCCAUGGAGGCCUCCACCUCGUCUGCUACUGCCGCCCGGGUACCCGGCAGCAGUGGCCGCGCCCGGCGCAAGGGCAGCGCGGCGGGCAAGCCUGUGCGCAACGGCGGGGUGCGGGCGUACGGGCAGCAGUACGGCAACGAGCUGAUGCAGCCGGAGUGGAUGACGGAUGUGCCGGUGGACCUUGGCGGCAACUGGCUGGUAAUGCCGAGGCCGGAGGGCAUGCGCUGCCUGCUGGUCACGGCCAGGGGCCGCACCGUUUCGUGGCUGCGUAACGGCUCACCGCUGCACCGCUUCCACUGCGCACUGCCCGGCGGCUCGCCAGGCACAGCCGCCCGCUGCGGCGGGGCCGCGGGCGCCUCCGCUGCGGCCGCCGGCUUGGGCGGCUCUGGCGACUACUGCCUCCUGGACUGCAUCUUCCACCCGCCCAACAACACCUACUACAUACAGGACCUGCUGUGCUGGCGCGGCUAUGCGCUGUACGACUGCGCGGCGGAGUUCCGGCAGUACUGGCUGGCAGCCAAACUGGCGGAGGAGGAGGGCGGAAGGCUGAGGGAGCUGCUGGCGCAGGUCCAGCCGCCUCCUCCGCCGCCACCGCCACCACCGCGUGCAGGGGCGUCAGCAGCGGCCGGAGCGGCAGGGGAGCAGGGCGGGAGGAGGCAGCGUCCAGGGAGGGAAGGGCGAAGCGGGAGAGGCGCAGGCCGGCAAGGCGGUGCCGCUGGCGACGAAGACGUCAGCAUGGGCGGUGCGGGCGAGGACGGAGUGGAGGCGGCGGGAGCGGAGGAUGAGCCGUACGCGCCGCUGGCCACUUUUCGGAUUGUGGCACUGCCGGUGCAGCCCUGCACGCAGGAGGGUCUGCGGGCGGCAUACGGCGACCCUGCACAGAUGCUGGCGGCCGCAGCUGCGCUGGCGGCUGGGGCUGGGCCAGACGCAGGAACAGGCUCGGGCGACUUGGCCAUGCAGGCCGACACACAUAUUGGAGCACCGGCGUCCGCUCCUGCACCAUUAGCAGCCGCGGGGCAGGGGCAAGCGGAGGUGGCAGGGGCGGCUGUGGACUUCAUGCGUGAUGGGUUGUACCUGCUGCACCGGCAGGGCCACUACGUGCCGGGGCCGACGCCCAGUCCGCUGGCGCUGCUGUGGAAGGACCUGGGCUGCAGCAGGUACCUGAUGGACACAGACAACAAGGGUCUGCCGCUGGAGCACCAGCAAGUCAUCCUCGCGUACCGGGCCGACCGCACCGUCGCCACCGAGGACGACCCGCCUGUGGUGCUGGGGAAGCUGCCGGAGGCGUUUGCCACGACUGCGGGCGAGCGGCUGGGGUUGAAGCCUGGGCGGCUGCUGCGCUUCUCCAUCAAGCAGGGUGGCAUCACCUUUCACGAGGGCCGGCCCUGCGGCGCCGACCUGCACUUUGAGGGCACAGUGCCGCAGCGCCGCGGCCGGGCGGAUAGCUUCUCCAAAAUCAUGUUCCAGCGCCUGGCGCGGACUGCGCCGUUGUCCAUUUCUGACCUGGAGGGCGCCCUGCUGGCCUCGGCAUCCGCGGAGUGCGUGCUGGGUAUGGACUCCAUGUCAUAAAGGGUGGCACUCGCAGGCACUGGUAGGGGCUUCCAGGUUCUUGAGGUUGGUCGCAACCGUACAAGUGUGUGGUAAAUAUAGGUCGCAGCAAUACAAGAAUCUGCAGCUAAACUGCGUCGAUUGGCUGAGUGCUGAGGCAAGAGGCUGCGUGCUCUGGCGUGCUGCAACUGGUUUUUGGCACAUCCAACCGUGGCGGCAUGUGUAGUAGAGGGGGCAGGCAAGGCCACGUGGAGGAGGAGAGCGCGGCGCCGCCCGAGAAGCUGCGCCGGUGCGCAAGUUGAGACCUGCCGGUGUUUGGUCUGCGGUCUUUGCUGGCAAGCAAAGCGUGGCACGGUGGGGGGUUGGAUUUAUUGCUGUUUAGUUUGCGUGUGCUUAACAGCGGGACGCGGCUGGACACAUGGCGGGCGUGCCUGAUCAAACCGCCCCCCCGGCUAUAGGAGAAAGGUGGCGCGGGCAGGUAGCCGAUGUAACGAGGAACGGUA